AUGAUAAGGAUGUCCUCUGUAAUAAAACUCUGCAGUCUUCUUCUACGUCGUGAGUGUUGCUCAUUCAGCAACGGGGAGUACGUUAAAGCAGGUUUGGCUGAAUUAGAGCAGUGGUGUGUAGAGGCUACUGAUGAAUAUGCUGGCUCAGCUUGGGAUGAGUUGAGGCAUAUCAGGCAGGCAGUUGGUUUCCUGGUCAUUCAUCAAAAGCCGGAAAAGACAUUGGACGAAAUAACAAGAGAGAUUUGUCCGGUGCUAAGUAUACAGCAGCUAUACAGAAUCAGCACGAUGUACUGGGAUGACAAAUAUGGCACUCAUAGUGUUUCUUCGGAUGUUAUUGCAGAUAUGAGGGUCAUGAUGACAGAGGACUCGAACAACGACGUAAGCAACUCUUUCCUUUUUGACGAUGACUCGAGCGUUCCAUUCACGGUGGAAGACAUAUCAAAGUCAAUGCAACAAGUGGAUGUAAAUGACAUUGAACCUCCUCAACUGAUCCGUGAAAACUCGGGUUUCGGAUUCUUACUCACACGUAAAGAAGGCAGUGCAUCGUAA